AUGACCACCAUGAACGAGAAAGAUAUCGGGCCAGAGUUCGUCAAUGAUAUCGAGUCCGACAGCUCACGACAAGCCUAUACUGGAGGAGGCUCUGCCGAGGACAAAAAGCUCGUCUGGAAACAAGAUCUGAGAAUUCUACCCAUCUCUUGCGGCAUAUACCUCUUGUGCUAUCUGGACCGAUCCAACAUUGGUAACGCCAAGGUCUUAAAUGCUUCGACUCACAAUGAUCUGCUUUCCGAGACCCACAUGACAGCCUACCAGUAUACUAUUGCGUUGAUGGUGUUCCUCAUCGCCUAUAUGGUCUUCGAAGUACCAUCCAACUACUUUCUCAAACGCCUCAGCCCAAGCAAAUGGAUCGCUUUCUUGAUGUUGUCUUGGUCAGUCAUGACCAUGGGCUUGGGUGGCGUCCACAACUUCGCUGGAGUCACGGCUCUGAGAUUUAUGCUUGGAGUAUUCGAGGCGGGUCUGUUCCCUGGGCUCGUCUACUACCUUACGUUUUGGUAUCGUACAGACGAGCGUAGUAUCCGAGUUGCCUUCAUCCUAGCAUCAGCGACUCUGGCAGGAGCUUUCGGAGGAGCCAUCGCAUACGGUGUGGGUCAUAUGAACGGCACCGGCAGCCUUUCCGCAUUCCGUUGGCUGUUCAUCCUUGAGGGACUACCAUCUCUGUUGUCAGCACCCCUUGUAUGGUUCUUUUUGCCCGAUUACCCCGAGACGGUGAAAUGGCUGUCACCCGAGGAAAAAGCUCUCGCAGCAGAGAGACUGAAGUUUGAAGGCUCGCACGGUAACAGCAAGAGCAUGACCUGGCAGGACGCCAAGACUACUCUCGUCGAUUGGAGACUCUAUGCCCACUAUGCCAUCUACUUUGGUAUUUCGACACCUUUCUCGAGUUUGUCCCUCUUCACCCCUACCAUCACAGCUGGUCUGGGCUUCAAGGACCUUACUGCACAGCUCAUGACCGUGCCCCCCUACGCGGUUGCAUAUGUAGUGACACUUCUGGUGUCAUGGUCCGCUGACCAUUUCGAUGCACGCGCUUUGCAUUCGGCCAUUUUCGCAACAAUCGGUGCGAUCGGUUUCCUAGCGUCGGCUGUACUUCCUCCCGAUGCAUACAAUGCUCGCUAUGGCUGUUUGAUUGUCGCUGCCGCUGGCUCUUUCUCAUGUAUCCCCCCUCUGUUGGGUUGGUUGUCUUCCAACUUGCAUAGCACGGCUGCAGCUGGGCUAGCCAUUGCCUUGAACAUCUCUUUUGGCGCACCAGGCCAGAUCACCGGAGUCUGGAUUUAUAAAGCUGAUGAGAAGAAAAAGGGAUAUCCCACAGGACAUUGGGUCAACGCUGGUUUGUUGUUUUUUGUAGCUGCAGGUUGUAUUUCUCUGUUGUUCUUCUACAAGUUCAAGAACAGAAAAUUGAGAAGGGAAGGAGCGGAAAGACUGUUCAGGUAUUGA